AUGGGAGUUCCCUUUGAGGCUUUGCUCCCUUAUGGGAUUAUCAUUGGUCUGUUUGGUGUGACCGGUGUUGGUCUUUCGACUGUUAAGUACUAUUCGAACGGCCGCAAGAACCCAAGAAGAGGCCUUGAUGCAUGGGAUCAGACUAACUGUUUCAAUAGCAAAUUGCUUAACUUUUUAGUGAUGGAACGAGAUCUACGGCUUACGGGCCAGAUGAGAGGACAAACAAGUAACCACGCCGCACCCCCAGGUUUCGCUUAUAGCAACCCAUGGAAGUUGGAACCAAGAAUCAACUAG